AUGGCGGAGGCUAUACUCCUUGCCGUGUCAAAGAUUGGGGCAGUCAUUUUGAAUCAAGCAGUCACGGAUGUGGUACAGAAGCUAUCGAAGGUUGAAGCUCUAAAGGAAUUGCCAACAAAAGUUACAAGAAUCAAUGUAGAACUGACGACCAUGAAUAAUAUAAUUCUUGAUUUGGGCACAACACAUCUCAGUAACAAUGUCAUCAAGGGUUGGAUUGGAAAUGUAAGAGAUCUGGCUUACCGUGUUGAGGAUGUAAUUGAUAAGUACUCAUAUGAGGCUCUUAAGCUAAAGGAUGAAGGCUUCCUGCAACGGUACAUCUUCAGAGGUUCUCGCCAUAUAAAGGUCUUUAGUCAAAUUGCUGAGGAAAUUGAGAAUAUAGAGAAGGAUAUCAUGCAGAUCAAAGAGUUGCCUAAAUAUUGGAGGGACACAGUGCAACCCACAAAUAAUGAUCAUGCAAAGAUUGAUAAGACGCGGUCUGGUAGCUGCUUUCCAGGACUCUUUAGUGAUGAGGAUCUUGUGGGGAUUGAUGAAAAUAGGAGCAAGUUGACUGAAUGGUUGAGCACUGAUGAUAAAGGAAGCUCGGUGAUAACAGUUUCUGGUAUGGGAGGCUUGGGGAAAACAACCCUUGUAAAGAAUGUGUAUGAUAGGGAGAAAGUCAACUUCCCUGAUGCACAUGCUUGGAUUGUGGUGUCACAGGCAUAUGAUGUAGUUGAUUUGCUGGGGUCAUUGCUCACCAAGCUACAACUCACACAAGGGACACAAUCUCCUCUUAGCAUGGAUGCCAAAGCUAAUGUUUAUGACUUAACAGAGGCAAUAAGGAAGACACUGCAAGAUAGGAAGUGUUUAAUCGUGCUUGAUGAUGUGUGGGACAAAGAUGCAUAUACUCAGAUGUGCAAUGCUUUCCAGGGUCUCCAAGGAAGUCGUGUUGUGAUCAUAACACGGAAGGAAGAUGUUGCCGCUCUUGCUUCACCUAGGCGUCGCCUAGUACUCCAACCAUUGGGUAGUGCCGAGUCAUUCAAGCUAUUUUGCUCAAGGGCUUUCCACAACAGCCCAAACCACGAGUGCCCACCGGAGCUCAAGGCAGUGGCUGUUGAUGUUGUUAAGAAGUGUCAUGGGCUGCCAUUGGCCAUUAUAUCUUCUGGCAGCCUAUUGUCUACGAAGCAACCAACAGAGUAUGUAUGGAAUCAGAUGUUCGAACAACUUCGGGACGAGUUUAAAGGGGAUAACAAUGUCCAAGCUAUACUUAAUCUGAGCUACCAUGACUUGCCAGGUGAUCUUAGGAACUGCUUCCUGUACUGCAGCUUGUUCCCUGAAGAUUAUGCAAUGUCACGGGAGAGCCUUGUGCGGUUGUGGGUUGCUGAAGGAUUCGUGAUGAGGAAAGGAAACAACACGCCAGAAGAAGUGGCUGAGGGAAAUCUGAUGGAACUCAUCGGCCGGAAUAUGUUGGAAGUUGUGGAGUGGGAUGAGCUCUUCAGGGUUAGUAAAUGUAAGAUGCAUGACAUUGUCCGUGACCUGGCUCUUGCUGUGGCGAAAAAGGAGAGGUUUGGCUCUGCAAAUGAUUCGGGUGAAAUGAUUAGCAUGGAAAAGGAAGUUCGUCGAUUAUCGACAUCAAGUGGUUGGACUGCAGAUCCAAGAGUGGAAUUUCCUCGGCUACGUACCAUCAUGUCUCUUGCAACAGCUUCGUCCUCUACCAACAUGCUUUCCUCUGUUUUCUCUGGAUCUAGCUACCUUACUGUUCUCGAGCUUCAAGACUCUGCAAUAACUGAAGUGCCAGCAUCCAUCGGGAAUCUGUUCAACCUUCGCUACAUUGGAUUAAGGCGUACCAAUAUCCAGUCACUGCCAGACACCAUAGAAAAACUCUUGAACCUCGAGACAUUGGACAUCAAGCAAACAAGAGUAGAAAAGCUCCCACCAGGAAUUGUAAAAGUUGAGAAGCUGCGACACCUUUUUGCAGACAGGUUUGCUGAUGAGAAGCAGACCGAGUUCCGAUACUUUGUCGGGAUCGAAGCGCCUCAUAUGAUUUCCAACUUUCAAGAACUGCAAACUCUCGAGACCGUCCAUGCCAGCAAAGACAUGUCCAUGGAGUUGAAGAAAAUGAGGAAGUUGCAAACUGUUUGGGUUGAUAAUAUUAAUGCAUCUAACUGUGAUGACCUUUUCAAAACCCUCUCAGAUAUGCCCCUGCUUUCCAGCUUACUUCUCUCUGCAUAUGAUGAGACCGAGAAACUUUCUUUCCAGUCACUAGUGCCAAUUUCCAAGAAGCUCCACAGACUAAUCGUCAGAGGUGGUUGGGCUGAUGGGACACUCAAGUGCCCAAUAUUUCAGGGCCAUGGGAGGAAUCUCAAGUACUUGGCUCUAAGUUGGUGCAAUCUUGGGAAAGAAGAUCCGCUGCAGUUGUUGGCAUCUCAUCUGCCAGCACUAACUUAUCUCAGUCUUAACAGGGUGAGUAGUGCAGCAAUAUUGGUCCUUUCUGCCGGGUCCUUUUCUAAGCUGAAGACACUCGUCUUGAAGUGCAUGCCUAAUGUCAAGCAACUGGAGAUUGAAGAGGGUGCCAUUCCACACAUUGAUGGGAUCUACAUCGUGUCGCUCUCGGAGCUGAAUACGGUCCCUCAUGGCAUUGAAUCCCUUGGAACCCUCAAGAAGCUCUGGAUGCUGGGACUGCACAAGGACUUCAAGGCCCAGUGGAAUCUGAACCAGAUGCACAACAAGAUGAAGCAUGUUCCAGAGCUCCGUUCCUAG